CUUACCACAACAACAGAUCUGGAGGGUUUUCUCUUCUAACUCUAGUCCCAUGUUUUUCUUCUAUGUUUUAUGUUCUUCAGAGGUGCUGUUAGCAACUAGCCGUUAGCAUUAGCGGACCAGAUUUAUAAAUAGUUUGAGGGGCCUGUUUGUUUCAUCUGUCUGACACUCGACACCGACCGUCUGUCAGAUAGCUGGCUACGUGUACUAGCUGAAGGCCCUGGUAACCGUCCCCAGCCUACAACACUAGCUUUCUCCUGGACGGCUCGUCUUCCUCCGCCUGAUCUUCAGACCCUUCGUCUAACCAAGCAUCUGACCAGGCGCUCCGAGGCCUGAGAGAGUACUGUAUGGAUGGAGGACUGGGUUAGAGCAGCAUGUUAAGUAGAGAGGCACAGAGCGGUCAGUGUGCUGUCUGAGAGGGCUCUGUUAGGGCAACAAAGGGCCUGUCUUUCUGCAGCUGCUGGCUUGGUGCACCAUGCCAAGGCUCUCCCGCAGGACAGACUUGUGUUUGAGGAUUUACUAAAAGAUCACUACACAAAUAUGGAAUACAGCAGCAGAAGGACACACAGGAAGUCGUGGCUCCUUCUGCUACACAAAUGCAAUACGCCUUAGGGGCCACCAGGAAUACAACCACGCCUUUGGGGCUGCAGCCCUCCAUAGAGACUGAUUGGGCCCCUCUGAGGUGUCCUAACCCAGCCCCAGCUAAACACUGCUGCCUGGGUGUGUGACUGAACACUAGACAUGAGCUGUGUCUGAGUGAGUGUGAGUGUGUGUGUGAGGUGUGUGAUUGAGCUUUACCCAUGACGACGGUGGAGAAGCGCCACUUCAGCCGCAGGGGCAGCGGCCACAGGAAGCACAGCAGCGGCGGCAUGAGCGACACAUCCAGUGGAGGCUCGAUCCUGGACGACACAGACCGUGAGGUCAGCAGCCUGACUGACCGAUCCUUCAGGAGCCUCUGCAUCGGGGAAGAAGCUGUUUACAACGACUCUGACCUGGGCUCCUCACCGUCAGCUCAGAGAGAGAGACACCAGGCCUUCAGCCAAGAGAUUAUAGCUGCCCAGGACAGCCAGGGCUGGGAGAAGGAGGACAGGGAAAGGGAUGCUCUCAAGAGAGCCGCCCAAGAGAGCUUCAGCCUCAGUCUCCAGCAGUAUGGACAGGGAGGGGGUGAGGCGGGUUGGGAGGGGGAGGGAAGGAUGUGGACGGGACAGUGUGGUUUAGAGAACCAGGAUUAUUCGGGGUGGGAGGGGCAAGGGGAGAGGAGGACAGAGGGAAGGGUGUCUACCACAUUCCAGCGCUCCUUCAUGGACGUGUCUCAGCAGGAGAAGACUCUGAGGGAGGAGAGACUGUCCUUCCUGAGUUAUGGAGGGUCCGACACCAGCUGGCAGCAGCGUCGCAGUCGCUCCCGAGUCUCCUCUCUCAUCAAAGCCUUUAGCUCGGAGGGUUAUGGAGGUGGGGAUGGGUGGAUGGAGGGGAAACUCAGGGACUGGAACAAUGAGUCCUCCUGGGACAAGUCAGCUCUGAUGAGCAUCCAGAGAGAGCUGUCUGAGUUCUCUACGGCGUACCCCCAUAACUUUAACACUGGCCCCUUCCCCGCGGCCGGCGCCUUCCCCAGGCAGACAGGCCCCUUACCCCCCAGUAGGAACAGCCUGUACCCCUCUGAGGUAUCUUCUGCUGUGUCUCAGAUGGACAAAACAUCCUCCUUUAUGAGAUCCUCCCACAGUAAACAAAGCAUGUUUGCGCAGCUCAACUCAACCUCUAACUUCUUUCUCCAUAGUGAGUUCAGCCCCUUCCAGCCCCUGUGGAGAGACCAUAACAGAUUCCCCUUCCAGCAGGGAGGUGUCUCCGGGUUCAUGUCCCCUGCAGACUUCCCUAAAUGGUACGACUCGCCCAUGUACAAGGAGCUGACAUUCGAACAGCAGUUCUACACGCCCCCUGGGAUCAAGGAGACAGUGUAUGGACCCCAACGUAAGCCCAUGGAGGGGGGCUCCACAGUGCUGCAGAAGGCCUCGGCCCUAGAGAAACGCUCUGAGUCUGAGCUGGCCGGUCACUAUCCACCCUGGAAACGCACCCAGAGCGUGGGGUCAAACAGAUAUCCCUCACUCCGUCCCUCAACAGUCUCUCCUACCAGGUCCCGACUUGGCCAAGAUGCUGUCAGCGCCGUCACUGAGUUCCAGCACACCGAGCGGUUUACCAAAUUGACCACAGAGCAGAGUGUUACAACGGUCCUAAACAGCGCCGAGCAGAGUAGUGUAGUGAAAGGCAACAAGAACAGUGUAAUUUCCUUUAGCAACAAAUUUAGCACAGUAGCAGUGGAGCAGGGUGUAGUCGCUAGCAACACCAGCACCACUCCCUUUAACUUCACCCAGCUGUUGACACCUGUCAUCCACAAUCCGCAAGACACUGACACCACCUCAGAGGUGCUACAGUACGCCCUCUCACCCCCCCUCACCCUCGAACAGCCCCCCAUCUGGGGCGAGAGAGAGAGGGAGAGAAGGGGGGCCACACCAGAGGUGAGGAUGUCCAGCUACAAGUCCAGAGCCUCCGGUCUCCUCUUCAACCUAAAAGACAAUAGGAAGAGGGUGAAAAGCACCUACAGUCCCACCAAGUUCAAAGGCCUGGAGGUGACUGGCAGGAGUAAAUCUAACCUGGACGGCUAUGAGCCCAGAGACACAGUGAUAGAUAUGCCAGCUAUCUUAGACAUCCCUGUUCCCCAGGAGGUAGUACAGGAGGAGCCCAAUGCAGUAGACACUUCAUUUCACCCCCAUACCAACCCACAGUAUAGCCCCUCAUUGCAGCCAACCACUGCACACUCUUCCCAACACUUGGACUACACAGGUAAACCAGAGGCCUAUCAGGCAGUGAGGUCGUCUCAGACUCAGGAGGAGAUGGUUUACCAUCAGGAGUACAGUGGAAACUACAGUAGUAGAGAUCAGCUCACUACCAGUCAGAACAGCCAAGGUGGGUUAACACAAUUUAUUAAACCAGAUGAAAUAAAUAGGACUGAGCUCCUCCAAAAUCAUAUGUAUGAGCAAGUCAGACCCACAAAACCAGGCCUAGACAACACCCUUCCUACAGUGAGAUCACCCCUCCCUAACACUAAGCCCAAACCUUACCCUAGCCCUAAUUGUACCCCUAACCCACCCCCGGCAGUCAUAGACACUUAUAGGAGAGAUGGAAUCACUGCAAAACAAACCAACACUGUAAACAGAGAUGCACUAGUAUCUAAACAAAUUAUUGAGCCCAAUACAAACCAGGCUACAGUAGAGAGAUACACAAAGGCAUGUGGAUAUGACCAAGUGAGAGAGAACAAAUAUGGGUUGGGUGUGAAUGACAGAGUUACAACAGACGUGCCUCCAUGGAAAGGGGAGAUCGCUGCACUAAUAGAAAAAGACAAACAGUCUCUACCCUCACACAGAGCAGCUACAAUGAAGCAGGACCCAAACCAGAAAUAUGGAAAUGAGUGGAAUAUAUAUGGACAACAAGAAAAGAGAGAACAGGGGGAGCAGUAUGUAUCUGAUGGAAGGGUGCAUCCAGCAGGUGAAGUCUUAAUAGGUAAAAAUAGCCUUCCAUAUAAGGAAACGCUUCCAGUUCCUGAUCACACACUGGCCAAUCAGGAGGAACUGUCAAACAGAUUCGCUCAAAACACAGACUACCCUCUGAGUCAGCAGAUCAUCAGAGACCCUGUAAAAGAAAAAUACUAUUCUGGGACUUUUAUGGACAAGUAUGGAACUGUAGAUCAGUAUCGAGUCAAUGAGGAAUCUCUCACCACCAAAGAGAAGUAUCAGAACCAAAAUGAUCACUUGUACAGGGGUAAAGGACAAGACCACAGAAAACAGAGUCUGUAUUCGGAGGGUGAUAAAACAUAUUCAGUCCAUAACACCCUGACAGAAAGAGAGCAACCUGUUCAGAGAAAACCACAUGCCCCAUGGGUGGACGACAACAAACUACCCAGACACGAAAGAUAUAUAUAUGACCAGGAUAUACAGUGGAAUUCAUCACACAAGAAUGAGAACAGACAAUACACAGACAAUGCAGCUGUAACAGCACAAUGGGCAAAAGAUCACAGCCAGUAUACUGACAGCACUGCUACAAUAUUGCAACAGAUAAAAGGAGAAUUUAGUGCAAAUAACAGUCACCAAUAUCCCAAAAGUACUACGAAUGACCCCAAUAAGAUGCACACAACAGGGCUAGCUAUAGCAGAACAAGCUAAAUUAAAGGAAGAUAAAGCAGCGUUAGCUAAAUCAAAACAGGCUAAAAUAGAGCAAGUGAAAGCAGAGCUAGAUAAAGCAGAACAAGUUCAAGCAGAAAUAGCUAAAGCAGAGUUAGCUAACGCAGAGUUAGCUAAAGCAGAACAAUCUAAAGCAGAAAAUGCUCAAGCAGAACAGGCUAAAGCAGAGUUAACUAAAGCAGAACAAGCUAAAGCAGAGCAAGCUAAAGCAGAACUAGCUAAAGCAGAACAAGUGAAAGCAGAGCUAGCUAAAGCAGAGCAAGCUAAAGCAGAACUAGAAAAAGGAGAGAAAGCUAAAACUGAGUUAGCUAAAGCAGAGCUAGCGAAAGCAGAACAAGUGAAAGCAGAGCUAGCUAAAGCAGAACAAGCUAAAUCAGAGAGCGCUAGAGCAGAGAAAGCUAAAGCUGAGUUACCUAAAGCUAAAGCAGAACAAAAUAAAGCAGAGCAAGGUAAAGCAGAAGUAGCUAAAGUAGAGUUAUCAAAAGCUCAAACAGAACAAGCAAAAGCAGAGCUUGCUAAAGUGAAACUAGCUAAAGCACAGUCAGCUAAAGCUCAAGCAGAACAAGCUAAAGCAGAGCAAGUGAAAGCAGAACUAGCAAAAACAGAGUUGGCUAAAGUAGAGACAGAUAAAGAAGAGUUAGCUAAAACUCAAGCGGAACAAGCUAAAGCAGAAUUAACUAAAGCAGAGUUGGUUAAAGCAGAGUUGGUUAAAGCAGAGUUAGCUAAAGCAGAGUUAGCUAAAACAGAACAAGCUAAAGCAGAGUUAGCUAAAGCAGAGCUUGCAAAAGCAAAGAAUGAUGAACCUGCUCAGUACAGUUCAUGGUCAGCCAGUGAGGACAGAUACGGUAUAAACAAUAUCCUCACUACCAGAGACUAUGAACAGGUGAAGAGAGAGCAACGGAGAGAGAAAAAGUACAGUGUCAAUGAAGCCGUUGCAGCAACAGAUGACAAUCUCACCGAUCACACCAUAUCUGCAAAGGCAGAGAACAAAACACUCCAGCAGAAAGAUGUCUCUCCCAUCAGCAGGUAUGAAAGAGCAGACAGGGGGGGAGUUGACUACAACAGAUUGAGAGAGAAAUACGGGUUCAGUCAUGCAGUUUCAGCUAAGGAAAACAAACAGCCCUCUAAGGAUGUAGCUGCAACAGAUGAGAGUGAAAAGACUCCGAAUGAUGCACUUGCCACUAAUAAACAUGAGCGGGGGAGUGAGGGUCAAUGGGUUUACAGCGAGUCAUCCAAACAAUUCAAACUGGCCAGUCAGAUUGAGAGUAAGACGAAGCCUGCUGACCAGACUGCAGCAAUGAGUAAAGACGUCCAUCCGUCCUCAUUCAGAGCUCUGUCACUAAAAGAGAAAGGCCAGACCAAGCAAGAGAUACUGACGUCAAAACUGAAGGCCCACGCUGAAAAGGAGAUCUCAGCCAUCAAAGAGAAAGGUUUUGGUAAACGAGACAGACUCUUAUCAAGAAACCCCACCAAGCACCAGGAACACAGAGAGAGAGGUCAGAGUGGACAGGAAGUGAAGAGCGUUAAAAAUGAUCCAUCCAGGGGUGAAAAACAAACAAACAACAGCCAACUCAGCAUCAGGAAGGAAGCACCUCAAUCACAACAUAAAGAGCCAGCUAAAACUGAAGCAUCGGCUGUCAGUGAUGGUCAACAGUCAACAGCAUCACUGGAACAGGCCAGAAACAGGUCAAAGGUCAGUGAUAUAACUGAAAAGGCAGUGCUCCAUUCAAAGAAGGAGGAAAGUAAAAAUGAGACCAUCUCUGACGACCAAAAUGAUCUUAAACUUGUUCUUGGGAAGAGUGAGGCAGUUUCAGAUGAUGACAGUUUGCAGAUCAUGGGGAUAAUGGUGACCAUAAGAGAACCCUCGGUGGAUAAAGAUAAUGUUUUUACUCCACAACAACCCACCCCAGUAAAAGAUAAGAUAAACAGGGAAGAAGAGGCAAUUAUUUCCAAUAAAAAUCAACUCAGCUCAGGCCAACUUCCCAAAAACAAUUCAGGCCAUUUGAAACAAGAGACUUCUCCAGCCAUGGCUCCCAUUGCAGAUGAAAGAGUUUCAGAUAAUAAUGUUAAAUCAACUGUAACAAGCGAAAGAGAAGACACUACAUUUGCUGAGCCUGUAAUUCCAGAAAAGGCCAGAGUUAAACAGCAAACACAGUUGCCAGAGGGGAAAGGUGAACCUAAAACUGAAUGUGUUAUAAGUGAGAGUAAGCAGGCUAGAAGUGCACCUGAAACCACAAAGAAAGACCCCCCAAAAAAUGAGAAGACUGUGAGGAACGAGAAUUAUUCACAGGAGAUUCCUCCAUCGUAUGGGAGAGAUCAGUCUCGGAUGGAAACUCUACUCCAUGACACCUCUGCAGUUAAAGAUGGACGCUCAGCAGAGGUCAAACCGGCUAAAAAUAAACAGUUGGCUGAAACUCAACCUCUCCUCUUUAAACAUGGCAUCACUGCACGAAACCCUAACGACUACGCAAAUAACAACCCUCCUACUAAUGAAACCAUCGGCAAGGCCGACCUUGCACCAGUGGAAAUGGCAAAGAGCAGUGUCGUUCAAGGUGGCAAAGACGUCAGCGUUGAAGAUGGCCAAGUGGAGAAUUUACACAUAGAAAGUAUUACUAUCCGUGUUGUAUCAUUAAUAAGUGAGAUUGACAACGACAAAACUACCAAACAUGUUUCUUCAGGAGCAGAGAAACCCACUGGUGACAAUAAUGUUCACACUGAUAGUAUAGCCAUCCGUGUUGUGUCAGGAGUGAGUGAGAACAACAAUGUGGAAACAACAGCAAAAGAGAGAGAGCAUAACCCAGCACUUCCAACAAGUGAAAAGGUGUCUUGUAAACCAGAGGUGAAACCAAGAGAGAAGGUGCUGCCUACUGUCCCAACUGCCAUCGCAGACUACGCCAGACUAAAGGUGAUCUCUACAGAAGAAGAUUCCUCUCCUAACAUGCACAGUCCAAGCAGAAAGGAUGGAUAUUUUCCCAUGAUACAGACUUGCCGCAGUAGAUGUCCAGUCUUGACAACUGAACAACAAGACCACCCAGUGACGGGAGGGAUGUCGAGGAAAGAAGCAGUAGCUGUGAAAGAACCAGAGGUUCCCUCCAAACUAAACAUGGAGGCUAAGAUAGGAGUGUUGUCUUCCAUGGAGCAGGAACAGAGAAAGAAAGGGAUGUUCAAUCUGAGGGAAAAAGACAAACAGGCAAUCUCAUUCAAUGAGGCAAAAUCUACUGAGGGAUUCACAGAGACAACAGAUACACACUCUCUUAAACACGACACUGUGCCACAACCAGAACAUACAACAACUUCAGGGUACCAACCUGGGUACCAAUCUGAGAUUGAUAGGAACCAAAGACUCUAUCAAUCCCAGAAUCCUCCUCUGCCAGCUCACUCCAUACCCUCGCAGGUCGACGUUAAGACCAGAAACCCCUCUUUCUCACAACAACCCAUCCAACCCACUCAUGUUGACAUGCCUGGAAAAUACCUGUUCUUCCCUACAGAAGAGGCAACGCAAUAUAUGGAGAAAACACAUGCAACACAGGCCUCUCUGGGAGACAUAUAUAGCGUGGAAAAGAGAGAGGAGGAGAGGAGAGAGAGACAGAGAGAGGAGCACAGGAAAGAGGAGGAGAGGAAGACGAGACAGAGAGAGGAGCAGAAGCAGAGACAGGAGGAUAGGAAGACACCACAGCGACAGAGAGAAGAGGAGAAGAAAGAGGAGGAGAGGAGGGCGAGACAGAAAGAGGAGGAGAAGAUGGAUGCUCUCCAGUAUUAUUCCAUCAGCAGCUCUGAGGGUCAAACCAGACCCAGGGACAUACCCCUCUUCUCCCCCCAGCCCUCCCCACGCAGGGGGGACCCUGAGGACUGGGAGUCCUAUGGUAGACCUCACCUCCCUACCUCCCCUGCCCCCCCUUCCACCCGCUCCAACACCUCCUCCCCCAGCCUCGGGGGCAAGCCCACCAUGUUCAGAGUCAAAGACAACACCUUCAGAGGCUCCUCUCUCACCAAGUCAGUCAAACCACACUUCCACAAGAGCUUCGGAGAAGAGUUCAGGGUGGGCUCAGCCCGCUGGAGCGGAUCAGAGAAGGGAGACGAGGAGCACGAAAGGCAGAGAGAGAGCGCCGGGACUCCUGUAUAUCACGACUCCGCCAUCUCGUCACACCGACUCCCCCACAUUCGAGAGACUCAGCCUUCGAAAGAGUUCACCGCCCCCUCAGAGACCACCUACACAUACCCCUACUCCAGGUUCUACUCCAGGAGGAAUGUGGCUAUGGACGAUGAUGACUCUCGCUCAAUGAUCAGCAACAUGUCUGGGGAUGCUGAGAGUUAUGCCACCAGUGUAGCCGACGUGUCUGACUUCAGGUCCGACAGGUACUCAGGUCUGUACGACUCUGAGUUCGCCAGCAGGUGGGGCUAUGACAGGCCAGAUUCAGCCUGUAGUUUUACCAGUGACGUAGGACGGCCACUUGGGAAGCCCCCGACUGUUCCUCCUAAGAGUGAGAAAGCUCUACGGAGAGCCAAGAGGCUCACUACCCGCAGGAUAAAGAAAGAGUCGACUGAAACAGACAGCACUGCUGACCCAGUGGAGAAACCGGUCCGUGCGGUCGCUAGUGUCCCCUCCUCACCCUCGGAGCUACGAUCCUCCAACCGUCACGCUCGUGCCUCCCCCCAUUUCGCUGCCCCUAUCUCCCUGCCCCUCGCCCCAACUCACAUCUCCAGUGUCCCCUCUUCUCCAACUGAUUUAGGAUCCACCCAUUACCCAUCCUUCCACGCCUCCCCCCACGCCAAAGCCCCUGUCUUCCUUCCCCUCGCCCCACCCCAUGCCUCACCCCAUGCCUCACCCCCUGUCUCCCACCCCCGAGUCCCAACGCAAGCGGCCAGUGUACCCUCCUCACCCACCCACCACCACCCUGCUCACCCCAGACACCUUGUCUCACCCCUGCCCCCCCCCCCCCUCACCUCCCGCCUGAAUGUCCCUCAGUAUCACGUAGACCCCAACUACCCUUCCCCGCCCUCCCUCAGCCUCCCCCAGCACUUCACCCAAAGUUUAACCCAGAAGAAGGUUCUACAGGACCCGGGGUCUGGUCAGUACUUUGUGGUGGACAUGCCUGUCCAGGUGAAGACCAAGACCUUCUUUGACCCAGAGACGGGGAAGUACGUCCAGCUGAAUGUCCGUCAGCCAGCCCAGGGAGGCUCUCUGUCUCAGCCCCAGCCACAGUGUUAUACCCAGUCCCUUCCCGAAGCCACAUUCACCCAGCCCCAGGCUCCUCCAGCCAGCCGGCCCUAUGUGCUCUACCAGGGAUACCCCCAGAGAUACCAGCCCAUGCCCGUAUCCUCCCUGCCCAUUCACAGGUCUCUCUCUGGAAUGUCUGCCUUGGUGUCUCCCACCCAGGACCCACAGCCUACAGAGGAGAGUCAGGGUUGGGCAGAGGAUGGAGAGAGGCAAGGAGAGGGCUGGAGCAGCCAGGGCUAUGAAGGACAGGAGGAGAGAAUGGAGAGAGAGACAUAUGGACAGAGCUACAGCCAAGAGCAGACACCUUACAUGGACACAGCUCAUGACACACACACUGUGCAUGACACACACACAGUGAACGACACACACACUUCGUACGACACACACAACCAGCUGGACAAGGGCGCAGUGGACAGUGAUGAUACUAAAUCCGCCCCCCACCGUGAUAUCAUCACCAUGAGCGAGCUGGAGGACUUUGCUAUCGAUUCCGGUGACUGGUAACGACACUGAUUGACAGCUUUUGUUUCACUGAAGCAGUCCGGUUAGGAUCGUGUUCAUUAGGCACCAAACGGAAGAAAAUGGACUGAAAUUGUCUUUUUCCGUUACGUGCCCUAAUAAUGAACACAACCCUGGUCUCUCUAGGUUCAAGCAUCAAAGAGACUUAUAAAGGCUGAGUAACAUUUCAUGAAAUUGAAUAAACAGCUGUGUUUUAAAGUGUUUGAUAGUAUUUACAUGCAAAAAUACAGAUUUCACAGAAGCACAAUAUAUAGUUAUAAAAACAAAUACAAAAAUUAUAUAAAAAACAUGCUUCGUAGACAACAGGUGUAGACUAACAGUGAA